AUGACUUGCGGAGGGUGCUCAUCUCGGAUUGAAAAGGUUAUCGGGGCGCUAGAUGGAGUGAAGAGCUGCAAUGUCAGUGCGGCAAUGGGUAUCGGAAUAUUCGCAGUGGAUGAAGCUAAGCUAAGUGCUGAGGAGCUGUGCUCUAGAAUUCAGAACAUGGGAUUUAACGCAAAUAUCCAAGGUGAGUACCCCCGUUUGAUAUAUGAUGAGAUCUCAGGUAAUCAGCAGCAUGCCAGUGACGAUAGCUGCUGUCCAAAUUCGGUGAAUCUUUUACUGGGUCCGCCAGGAGAAGUCACAGAGAGCAAGUUAAGCAUUUUGCGAGGAGUUGCUGAGGACAUGGGGGCAACGUUGGUGAUCCGGAAUGCUGAUUCGAGAAAUCUUUCGCGCGUGGGUGCUGCGUACAUUGCGACCGUGGAGUUUGACGCGGCUGCGAUUGGAGGUCGAGAUCUCCUGGAACGGCUGCAGGCCGUACCGGGUCUGACGGUGAGUUUUGUCCCGGUGCUUGAAGGAACAAUGGAAGAACAUUCUUUAUUGCUCGAGACUGUGCGUAUCGCAUCCAUAAAGUGCUCGAUAAUUGCUGGCGUGAUGAUGUUAUUACAAUGGCACCAAGAGUUCUUGUUUGCGGUGCUGGCUGGGUUUAGUGGGUUCGUGUGGAUGGCGUUAUCUGUGCCGGUGGUUUUCGUUUGGACACGUUUUAUCGUGGCCAAAGCACGUCUGGGUUACAUCAACAUGGAGCUGUUUGUGGUUGUGAACUCGUGGAUGUGCUUUGCGAUAGCCACUUUCUUGUUGGCGAUUGAUUGCGUUCGUGUGGUGACCGGGAACUCCAUAAACUCAGGGGAACUGACCUAUAUGUUGGGGGUGGCGUCUGCUGGAUUGUCUUCGGCGCCAGCUUACUUCAAAACGGCGACCAUGCUGGUGACUAUUCACACAAUUGGAAGGUACUUGGAAACCAAGUCCCGGACACGCGCGCUCCAGGUCUUGUGGGAGUUGAAUCGGGUGAGGGAUAUGCCGGCUAGCCGGAUUUCAGCGGUGUUGCCGGUGCCACGAUCAGCGUUGAUGAUUAAUAACACUUGUCGGUUUGAGGAGUGGGACGCGGAUCUUUGGAGCAAAAUCCAGCAGCAGGGUUGCCGACCACCGCCGAUUGUGGGUCUCCAGUACCACAGCCGGGGCGUGGGUGAGGGGGCAUUGGUGCAGCACACGGCGACGCCGCGGCCGUUGCUGCACAUCGGCGACUUAGUGUUGGUGCAGCCGGAGGAGGAGGUGCCGGCGGAUGGAGUGCUCUUGGUCGCGCCGGACGGGAGUGCCCGGGUGGACGAGAGCGUGUUAACGGGCGAGACAGCUGCGUGUGCGCGGGCGGUGGGGCAGCACGUGUACGAGGGCACCACCCUGCGGCAACCGGGGCCAGUAGUGAUGGUGGUGUUGCGUGUGGGACGGGGCACGCGACUGGGUUUGAUAAACCACGCGGUCUACCGAGGCGCGGCGGUGCCUUCACAAACGGCCGCGGUCGCGAACCGAUUGGUGCGUGUGUUUUUGCCGGCGAUGCUGGCGGUCUGCGUCGGCACGUGGUUGGUUUGGACGGUGUUGGUACUCGGCGGUUGGGUGGUGGUCCCACCACAGUAUGGCGUGGGCCCUGGGUUGGCAGGUGCGCUCUUCGUGCUCCAGUUCGGCGCCGCGACGUUGGCCAUGGCCUGUCCCUGCGCGAUCGGGCUGGCCGUGCCCGUGGUGGUCGCGCUGGCGGUCGCGACGGCGGGACAGCGUGGCGUGAUCGUGAAGGACAGCAACACGCUCGAACGCGGUGCGCGUGUGGACACGGUGGUCCUGGACAAGACCGGAACGCUCACACAGGGUCCGCCGCGCGUAUCCGGCUCCGCACUGCACGGUCCCGCUCUCAGUGCGCUUGCGUACCGCCUCAGACUGUGCACGCAGGACCCCGACGCUGUCUUCGCCACACUCGUCACCGCCUGCGAACAGGGUCUCGCCGGCGGCCUCCCGCACGCCCUUCUCGCACUUGUUCAAAACGCGCAACCAGAACCCCUCAAUGUACGCAAACGCACUGAACACCUCGGCAACGGCAUCGAACUCGACCUACAGGCUGCGGUUUUGCGCGACCGCGGGACAAACUUGCUGGACUUGCGCGGUCGCGAGGACUUUCUCCACGUGGAGCAGACCGGAGACCGGACUGGGGACCCACCCCCCGUCCCCGUGGACCCACUGCGUGGGGAGAAGGUGUACUUUGGACACGAGGGCUGGUACGCGAGUCUGUUGGGGCGGCCAUUACCGGCUGCGGCGGGUGCGGGCGAGGCGGUGUUUCUGUUCACGGCAGACGGGACAGUGCUGGCACGGGUGGAGUUGGCGGAGACGCUGGCACCGGGUGCAGCGGCGGUGGUGUCUGAGCUGCGGCGUGCGGGUUUGGCGGUCUGGCUUUGUUCGGGCGACGGCUGGGGCCCGGCAUUGGCGGCGGCACGAGCGGUGGGGGUGCCGGCGGAGCGCGUGGUGGCGCGAGCGACGCCUUGGCGGAAGCAGGCGUUGGUGCGUCGCCUGCAGACGGCGGGUGCCCGGGUCGCGGUGGUCGGCGAUGGAGUGAACGACGCGCUGGCAAUGUGCGAGGCCGCGCUCGGCGUCGCACUCGGCUUUUCGGCCGAGGCGCUCGCGCAAGCCGCGGGCGUGGUGGUCUACAGCCGCCGAAUUGAGAGCCUCCCCGCCGUCCUGCGUCUUUGCCGCCGUUCCGCACGCAUCAUGCGCUUCAACCUCUUCUGGGCUUGCGCCUUCAACGCCCUCGGCGUGCCCCUCGCCGCCGGCGUCCUCUAUCCGCAUCUCUGGGUCUCCUCCGUCGAAGCCUCGCUCUGCAUGGCCCUCAGCUCUCUACUCGUCCUCGGCAACUCUGUCCUCUCGCUCCGCAGCGCCCUCACCUUCCCCCGCUCCCGCGACACUGCCGAGCAGCGCACAACCAACCUCCCCAUCCGCGUCCACAGCGACCCGGCUGACAGCGACCGUGUCCACAGUGGCCUCACCAAAGACGCACAGAGCGACCGCGCCCGCAGCGACCGCCACUACAGCGCUCUGCCCACCAGCUGCCCCGGCAGCUGCGACGUCACCGGCUCAUUCUUCAGCACACACCACGGCGAAGACAAGGAGCAGGGAGAGAACGACGGUCACAAGGAGAACGGCGCCCAUCGCGCCUGUGGGGAGAACCGGGGCCACGGCGGCUACAGGGAGAACGAUGCGGUGGGGAUUGAGCUCGGCAUGGCCGACCACGGGACCGGCCACACGGCCGACCACAUGACCUCCAUGGAGAGUUUGGAAAUAGACGUAGUCGACUCCGCGCCCCCGUCCAACGGUCGGGCCCACGGCUCACUGGCUGCCGCGACCGCCGGGUUUUCCCACACGUGA